CGCGGCUGGGGCUGCUAGCUGGAAGAUGGCGGGGACAGACUGCGGCGCGCUGCUGGAUGAAGAGCUCUCCUCCUUCUUCUUCAACUAUCUCUCUGACAGUCAGUGUGAGGGUGCAGGGGAGGAGCACCUUUACGAAGACUUCCAAGACCUUGACCUCUCCCAGUUGGAUGCCAGUGACUUGGAUUCUGCCAGCUGCUUCAGUGAGCUUCAGUGGGGUCCUGAGACAUCUGAAAAUGGGUUCAGCCAGUGUGACACCUGCGGGGAAGACUCAGAACUUUUCCAGAUCAUAAGUGGCGAAAAUGACGCCCUAUUGGCUGCUCUCACCGAAACCCUGGAUGAUAUCCAGGAAGAGGAUAUGGGCCUGGCUGCCUUCCACACUCUGGAAGAUAGGGAUGUGGCCACCCCAGGCCCCACCUCACCCAUCCCCUCACCCAAAGCCAGUCCUGAUGCCCUAGAUGGCCUGCAGGCCCUUGGGUCUGAGGUUGAUGAACUUUCUCUGCUGCAGAAGCUUCUCCUCUCGCCGUCCCACACUACUCCAAGCGUGGAGGCCCAAAAGGAAGGGGCUAUCCGGCGGCAAGGAGCGUUGAAGUCCAAAAGCCAGCGACCUUACCUCAAGAUGGAAACCCCCCAGGACAAGAAGUCCUUGCCAACUCAGACUCAGAGCCGAAGCUACACUGAACUGCACAGGCAUCUCACCUCAGCGCCGUGCUGUCCUCGCACUGUCGCUCAGGCUCCAGACAGGGGAUGGCAGCAGCUGCCUCCCUCCCCACCGGCCCAGAGCCCUCAACCCCCCAUCAAGGAAGAAAGUGACUCGGGCGAGGAUUGCUCAAGCCCCAGGCUCACCCAAACCUCAUCACCGGCUUCUCCUAUGCCAUCUGAAGCAACUGCCGGAGACCAGUUUGCUUGUGCAGAGGACAUGCGUGCCAUGGUGGAGCUGAUCCAUUACAUGCAUACUUACUGCCUUCCCCAGAGAAAGUUGCCUGUCCAAGGCUUAGUGAACCCGCCUCAGCCCUGCAGCAACCCUUUCAAGAGAGCCAAGGCCAACUGCAUGCUACAAAAGGCAGCACCCUGCAAGAAUGAGGAGGGGAAGCCGCCAGACAACCUGAUGCAGAGGCCAACAACUCUCCGACCUCCCAAAGCUUCCUGGUCCAAAUUCUCUAUCCUGAGAGAGCUGUUGGCUCAAGACCUCUUCUGUGAUGUGAGCAAGCCCUACCGGCUGGCCGUGCCAAUCUAUGCUUCCUUAUCACCCAGCUCCAAGCCCAGCCCCGGGCCCUCUGAGGAAAGCCAGAGACCCUCGUCAGAGAAGGCCUGUGAGGUACGGAUCAGGGCUUCCCCUGGGACCACAGAACCCAGGCCAAGCUUCAGGCCCCUGAAGCUGGAAGUGAAGGAAGAAAUCAAUGCUCUACCAGUGGCAAAGGAGGAAGACGAGGCAGGGCACAGGGAGGCAAGAACGUGUGCACAAAGUACACCUCUGUCAGCCGGGACCAAGGUGGGGAGGAAGCCAGAGAGCUCGAUUUAUGCUGUUCGACGCUCCAAGAGGCUGAACCCUGAACUAGGCCCGUGGCUUUCGUUUGUAGAUGAGGUGCCCCCGGAAGAGAGGGCAGACCCUCCCCCCGCCCUGUGCCUGGACCCAGAGACCUAUGAUGCUGAGGUGGAAGUGCCGGUGGGCAACCUGGAGGAAGGACAGAGUGUCUGUGACCAGUCCCAGCAGAGAGCAGCCCCGCUCCCCGCCCUGGAGAGCCCCAGCGAGAGUGGCAGCGGUGAGAUGGACGAGGACCACAGCUGCCCUCGGUUAUGCUCGAGAGAAACUCCCAGGUGCUUCACACUGGCCUUGUCACAGAAUGACCCUCCACUGGGGAAACGGAACUUUGACCAGGUGCUGACAGUGGAGCUCUGCGGGACAGCAGGUCUCACACCGCCAACCACCCCACCCUACAAACCUAUUGAGGAAGACCCCUUCAAGCCAGAUGUGAACCAUAGGCCAAACAAAGAGGCAGCUCCAUCCAUCCCCUCCCCUGAGGGUCCCCGGCCUGUGGCAACUGCUAGAGGGUCCCAUAGGUCCCGGAAGAAGUAUCCUGAGCGGAGUGAGCUCUUGGCCCACCUGAGCCGAACCACAGUUCAGCCAUCCCAGGUAGGCAAGAAGCGUCCCUUUUCCCGAUCCUUUGGAGACCACGACUAUUGCCAGGUCCUCAAGCCAGAAGGAUCCUUCCAGAGAAAGGUGCUGAGGUCCUGGGAGCCAUACUCAACCCAUACAGAGGACAGAUCCCAGCCCAGGGUUUCCAGGGCUGAUGCACAAGGACUGAGCAAGGAAGGUGGCAACUGCAGAACUCCCAAUAAGGACAGCAAGCCCCUAAGAGACCAUGAGAUCCGAGCCAGCUUAACGAAGCACUUUGGGUUGUUGGAUGAUACCUUGGAGGAGGAAGGUCUUGCCUUGUGCAAGAGCCCAGAAUACGACACUGUUUUUGAGGACAGCAGCAGUGACAGUGGUUUCCUCUUGGAGGAAGAAGAGGACGAUGAGGACGAGGACCUCUGUAUCCAUUCACUUUCAUGUCAGCACUGCCUCCACCCAAGACCCUUCAGCAAGGCCAGUUUGCAUCACUGCUCCCGGAGCCGGUCAAGCUCAGGAUCUUCGUGUCACAGAUCCAGGUCACCAGCAAACCGGAGGACCUUCAGAUGUGGAAGCAAGGAACAUUGUGGAGAAGGAAACCCAAGUGUCCAGCAUAUUGAGAAGAGGAGAGAAAAGGCCAUUCAGGGAGAAGGCCGGGUGGUGUACAUUAGGAACCUCUCCAGUACCAUGAGUUCCAGUGAGCUGAAGAAGCGUUUUGAAGUGUUUGGUGAGAUUGUGGACUGUCAAGUGCUGAAAAGGAACAAAAGGGGCGAGAAAGAUGGCUUUAUUACCUAUCGUUGUUCAGAGCAUGCAGCCUUGUCCCUGAGGAAUGGUGCAGCCCUGAGGAAGCGCAACGAGCCCUUCUUCCAACUGAGCUACGGGGGACUUGGGCAGUUCUUCUGGACCAGAUGCACUAACUUUGAUUCCAAUAUAGAAGAGGCCUCCCCGGCUUCGGUGAAAAACAAGUAUGAAGCCAUGGAUUUUGACAGCUUGCUGAAGGAGGCCCAGAGAAGCCUACAUCGAUAACAGCCUUAAUCCUAGAGGAAUACCUCAAUACCUCAGUCAAGGCCCUUCCAAUAUGUUUACGUUUUCAAAGAAAUUAUACGAAAAAAGAGAGUGAAAGAGAGAGAGCGAGAGCGAGAGAGAGAAAGAGAGACUGAGACUGCUGUCCCUUUAAAUCAAUGUUUACAUUGAACAAAGCUGCUUCUGUUUGUGAGUUUCCAUGGUGUUGAUGUUCCACUGCCACACUUUAGUAUCCUUGCUUCAGAUUGGUUGUUUCGGUGCAUCUGUAAGCAUUCUGCCACCCAGCCCCAACUCUCCUAACCCUCUACCCAACCCAGUUCCCAUUGUGGAGUUGCAGCUAUGUUCCCAUCACAUUUUCUGUCUGUAGUGUGUGAUGAUAAAAACAUUACUUGUGAAUAGAAUCAGGACUAUAGACUAAUUUUUAAUUGCAGAAAAAAAAAGUAUAUACUUAAAAUACCAUAUUUAUGGCUCAGAUGUACUGUACUUUGAACUAAUUCAUUGUGCCGCUUCCUGGAUCUCUAACUAUGCACUGUAAUGAGGUGCUCGCCACUGUGCUGAUGGACUCCCAGCUGGCCCUGGGAGGGAGGGAAGGAAAGAAGGAGGAGAAGCGGGGAGGGGUUGGACCCAUUGGACUUCAUCUCCUCCCUGAAGCAGGAGGCUGGAUGGACAUUUGUGUGAAGCCUCCAUCUGUCACCAGCCCAUCUUCCAACCCUUAUCCUUCCUCAUCCCGGUCCUCUCCAUCUCUCCACCCAACAUCAUCCUAGCCCACAAUGUUGCAUUGGCUACUUUGGGUGGCAGAACCACAGCCUCCAGAGCAAUGAUCGAAGGUCCAGGAUGAGACUGUCCGAAGUGGGGGACGUUCAGAGUAAGCCUCUGAGUUGUGCAGUUUCAAUCACAGUUGGACUGGGUCAGCUAUACUACACAUUUUUUGUUGUUGCUCAGUUGUGUCUGACUCUUCAUGAACUCGUGGACUAUACCACGCCAAUCCCUUGGGGUUUUCUUGGCAAUAUUAUACGUGCCUGUGGCAUAACAGUCCAUUCUGAUUCUCAUUUGCCCUCCUGGUUAGCUACCAGACAAGGAACUAUACCAAACUCCCAAUAACUACCAACCCAGUAAUCCCUGACAGUUUAAGAGCACUUACAAACUUUAAGCUGCUGCGCACAACAGUAUUUAUUGAAACUGCCCACUCCCAAUGAGAGAGAUGAUAUGAUGUAGUAGGUAAGAAGGCUGGCCUCAAAGCCAGGAAGACUCAAGUCCUCUUCUGACACAUACUAGCUAUGUGUGCCUAGACAAGUAACUUGACCUCUUGGCUUUAGGCAAAUCUCUAAAGCUAUAAGUUUCAGAGGAAGUGAUGGCCUGCAUUGGCAGAGGGAACCUCCCUCCUCCUCCAGGAGUUCCUUUUACUAAUACAAUUACAGGUCCAAUCUGUACCCCUAUCCUCUCCACCUGCAGUUUAGAUACUGGGCUUUUGUUAAGAGCUGAUAUUAAUCUGUGGCCCUCAAGUAAAAACAGGCCAUGCAGCCAACCCAACCAUGAGACAUGGAAAUUUGUUCACAGGUGGCAGAAAGAAUCCUCUGGGAACUGGGAGCUAAUUUUGUAAAUAUUGUCAAAAGACCCAGAUCAAAGAGCUUAGCUAAAGAGCAAGUUUUACGAAUAUCUGAGAAGAUCCUAGCCUCAAAAGAGUCAAGUGGGAAGAGGGUUUUGGAGGAAAUUUCCCUCAGUCGAGACAGUGCUGCCCUACUUCCUGUGCCUAGUUCCCCAAAAUCUUUAGUCACAGCCUGGGUCCUUGCAAACUGGCCCUAGCCAUGAGACUGUUGUCUGGAUUCCAAGAGGCCAUGUGCAAGUAAAUUUCAGAAACUCAGGUACCAUGGGGAAUGGUCUCUGCAGAGGCCCUGUGUUCUCAGCCCUCUUUCAUCUCCCAUCCAUCAGGCAGUCCAGAAGUUGAGAGUUUUACCAGGCCAGAAAUCACAGCAUCAGCUCAGCACUGCCCACAUUAACUACCUCUUCUACUGGGCCAGUAGCCAGCCUGGGGAAGGAGGGUUCCCAAAAUAUAGAACCAAUCAUGUUCAAGCCCAGUUAUCACAGUUCUGGGGUGACUAUAACUCUCAUGGCAGGUUUUACCCAAGCUUUACACAGGAAACUGUUGCUAGCUAAUGCUCAGUUCUUAUUACUGGCAUGUUCUGUAAAAGUUUACCCUGACUAAUGUUAUUUUAUAAUUACAUGUUUUUAAUACGUUAAUUAAAAUCUCUUGUGACAUUGAUUAUUGUAAUAUAACAAUUUAAAACAUCGUUCCCUUGGCACCAACUGCCUCUUGGGAUGGCACUUCACCUAAAGCCAGGAAAAUGAUUCAGAGAAUCAAUCAAUUGAACAUUAAGCAGAGUACAGAUUCCUGUCCUCUGUUGUAUGUGAUCUAGGAAAAAAUAGAACAAGCUCGUUUCUGGUCUGAGCUGGGAUCCUUACAGGUAACAUUACAAUAUUAACUCAUCCAUAGAGAAGGUAGGAAACCCAUCGUGGGCAGGCUUUUCUGAAUCACCAUCACAAUCCCCCUUUAUUCCAACUGGUGCCAAGUAGCACUUCCUGAGACAGAGCUACUUGGAUGCUAUAGACCCAGAACAUGUGACGUUCUGUCAUGGGCUAGUGGUGUUCCUUGAGUUAGAGUCAUUCGCUUUUCCAUGGGACUAACAGGCAUCCACUCUAGGAACAGCCCUCUGCCGCCACUGCCUGAGAUGGUGAGCAACUAAGGAGGAAGCCACCUCUUCCAAUGGAAAGACCUUACCCUAAUCUACUGGUCAGCCUCAACUUUCCCAUCUAUUAAGUGAAAAGAUUGGAGUAGAUGAUCCCCAUGGCCCCUUCCAGGACCAAUGUUCUCUGUUCUAAGUUGCCUUCUAGUUUUCGCAUUCUCUAAUUCUAUCAUUUAAGACUCCUCCUUUCCCCCCUCCCCACUCCACUCCCAGCCUAUAGCUUAAGGCUGUAAUUCCUGUGAACAUGUACAUAUUCCUGGGGAGAGUCCCCUUCUGACCUCAGUGUGAAAGAAAUUGCUGAGAACAGGUUUGUGGGGAGGGAAUUAAAAAGAGAAACCUGAGACUGAGGUGAGUAGUGAAGGGGAAGCUCCUGACCUCCAGAUCUUUUUUUUUUUUUUUUAAGUAAUUAAGUUGCUUGUUUCUCUGUGGUCAAGGACUAAUUCUCAAGUCAUUUCUGCCUGCCAAAGUAUAAUCCUCUGGGCUCCCUGUUCAUCAUUGUGACUCCAUCAUGUCCCCAGAUAUCGAGUUUAUGUGCUUCUCACAAAAGACCAGAGCCUGGUACCUCUCCUUGCGGUCAACCCUUCCCAGCCUCCUCCCCUCUGAACCUCCAGCUGGAACCCAGAGUGAGCGAGCCUCUUGUUGCCUUUGGCUGCCACCUCAUUGUAGCUUUGCCUUUUUCCUGUCCUCGUAUUUUCUCCCUCCCCACAAUGAUGUUUACAUGUGAUUGCCAUGACAUCGCUUUGUGUGAAUUGUGUCUGAUAGCCUUCCUCACCCCCAUCUAGGAAUGGGCAGUGCUAUCCGUCUCUGUGCUGUGCUGAUGUUUAAAAAAAGCAAAUCAAAACGCAGUCAAACCGCUAAGUGGAAUUCUUCCAUCUCCUUCCUCAGCACAAGGCUGAAUCAAAGCUCGCACCUGGGCUCUGGUUACAGAAGGAAAAUGCAUCAAAAAUGUGAACCUUAUGAAUGGAUUGAGUGCAGCUAAGGGUCCAUCCAGGGUAUCUGCCUCUGCUUUAGAAGCUCAUAGAGCUGUAACGCAGAUGGAGUUAGGACCUAGUCCAAACUUAGGAAAGCAACAGUGUUAUCGCUUGUGCAAGAGGAAAGAAGGUCCCAUGAUUCAAAGACUCAAUCAAUACUCAAGUCCUAAUACAGGAAGAAAUGCAAUAAGUGGUCUUUUUAAUGCCUAGAGCCUAUAAAAUAGUUUUGAGAGAUUUCUCCAAGACUUAUGCAAUAUGCACACUGGUGCCCAUGGGGAUGGUGGGCCACUGGGGGCCCAGAGACCUGAUGGUCAGCAGCCAGGGUCCUGCUGGAGGAACCUGCCUAUCUGGGGCUGACCAUGGACAGAGUAUUUCUUUGGUUGCUGCCGCUAUUGUACUUGAAGCUUGUCCUGGAGACUUUGAAAGACUGAAUAUUGAUGAUGAUGACGAUAAACUAAAGCACAGCCAUCCCCAGAUACUUUGUUAAUAGUGCUGGGUGCUAGAACAAAGGAUCUCCUGAUAGUGCUCUCAUUGAGAUGGGGAAGCUUUCCUAAGCUUGGAAAGCCAGAGCCCUCAGGGGAAGGGAUUGCAUGUACAGGGAAGGUAGACUUCCUCAUUUUCUUGGCCAAAGGAGUAUGGCCCCUCUCUGUGCUACACUGGCCAAGGGGGGAAAAAUCAAUAACAUUGUGCAAUAUGUUGGACAAACUCCCAAACUCUUUUUGCAUUUCGAAGGAAAAAUCGACUCAACUGGUCCUUGCUGAGUCUAGAACGAUAAUUGUAAACAACAACUCUAGUUUCUAUAGCACUUUAGAAUUUAUGAAACAUAUUUCUCAUGGUGACCCUGUGUAAAGUGGGAUGGGCAAAUAUUAUCUCCCAAUUUGCAAAAGAGGUAAUUGAGGCUCAUAGAGGUCAAGUGAUUUGCCCAAGGUUGUUGGCAGAGCUGAGAUUCAUGCCCAAGUUUCCUGACUCGAGGUUCAUGGUCUUCCUCCAGCCCCACUGUCCAGAAGAGCUAAAAAGAAAGCAGUAGGAGCCUGGCCAUACUGCUCAAGUACCAUCUGUCUAAUAACUCUCAAUUUUGGAGCCCAAUCGCUUCAAGCUUUGGGGUGUAGACAUGGACUGACUUUAUAUUAAGCCAGUAGGUCACUUUAAUGAAAACACUAAUUCAAGGAAGGUUCUAUCUGUCACUCUGGCAGUACAAAGAGGUAACUUGGGACGAGGAGAGGAGAAAUGCUGCCAGGUGAGUGCCAGUGGAGGGAGGAAACGACAGGGCUAGAAACCACCUCACUUAGAUGGUGUAUGAAAGGAAAAUCACACUUGUUUGAGCACUUUGUCAGAUUUCUUUGCAAGAGCGGCCAAUAAUAGAAUCCAGAAAUGAAAGGCCAUGCCUAGUCUCAUCACAAGCCUAGUGAAUUGGAAGAAGUUAAGGGUUCGAAAAAUGUUUCACGUAAAGCCAACAUCUCUGUAAGAAAACACCCUUUUAUGAAACUGCUGGUUUUACUAUAUAGCUGGGUGACCUUCAACAAGUGACUUCCCCUCUGUGGGCCUCAGUUUA